AUGGAUGUAUUGCCGUUGGCCUCGGAGCCAUCAGGCGAGGCAUUGUUUAGUUACGCUGACAACUCGAAUUAUACAAAUAUGACGGAAAAUGAAACAUUAAACCAGACUAUUGUCCGAGACCUAUUACAAGACCAUAUUUUAGAUUACAGGAUGUUUCCCAGUAGGGUUACGGUUUUGCUUGUGAUUUUAUAUAUCCCGGCAUUUUUCGCUGGAAUAAUUGGUAAUGGAAUGCUGGCCUAUAUCGUCUGCACAAACAAACGCUUACAGAAUGGAACAAAUCUGUUCCUAUGCAACUUGGCGGUAGCCGAUCUGUUUGUGACAGUAAUCUGUAUCCCAGUGGCUGUUGGACAGGCUCUUUACAGAAUAUGGAUUUAUGGAGAGUUCAUGUGCAAACUCACCGGAUUCUUGCAAGGGGUAACCGUUGCAGCGAGUGUAUUUACCAUAGCGUUACUCAGUGUAGACCGCUUCCUUGCCAUUCGCCAUCCACUCGUCUUCAGAAGACUAAGUACGAACGCAACAGCCAUAAAACUGCUUCUGAUUGUCUGGAUACUCGCCAUUAUCCUAAUGGUACCACUGUUCAUCAUUCGCCAGAUAUCCGUGAUGGACCUAAUUCCUGAGGAACCCGUUCAUUUCUGCAGCGAGAUAUGGAGCGAGGAUUACCACCGUCAGCAGUACGAUGUAGCGCAGUUUGUGGUGGUCUACAUUAUACCGGGUGUAAUGAUCUGCGUCUGUUAUGGCGCUAUUGGCAGCGAGCUAUGGAAAGAGGACAAAGACCUGCAUCGAGCAGAGUCCGAGACUGGCCAAGGUCUGGCCAAACAAGUCAUGAAAGGCCGUAAACGCGUUGCUAAAAUGUUAAUUGCCCUGGCUGUUUUAUUCGCUGUUUGUUGGCUGCCGUACCACACAGUGAGCCUGUACUUGGACUUUCACCCAGAGGAGAAUAAACUCUUGGUGGCUUUACCAUACACUAUCUUUCUUGGACAUUCAAACAGUGCCUUGAAUCCAAUCCUGUACUUUUGUUCCAGCAAAAGUUUUCGAGGUGUUCUAUUCAGAAUGUUCAAAUGUAAACAGAAACCAUUUAAACAAACCAGAAGGGAAAACGUGGUAGUAAGGUGUACCCGAAACAACGCCGGCACCACAACAACAGCGUUAACCAGACGGCGGUGUAUGCGGCUCUCCAGUAACACGAGUUUGAAGUCUUCUUCUGGAACACUACGAACAAGUUACAAAUCCACCCGAAAUUCAUCCUCGAAUCGACAUAAUGGUCAAUAUCAACACUACACUCAAAGUCCACGGAACAGUUUCAAGGACAAACUAAUACAAGAAAACAGAGAUCUUAUUCAUAAAAACAAUGACAAGAAUAAAUCACCGAUUUGCGCAGACGUACGGAUAAUCGAACCAAACGAAGAACAAAACGACAUUGUAAACACCAGUUAUCAUAAAAAGGCUUUCAUGGAGGCCACAAUCAGUAUCCCUACCACCAUCAACGAAGAGAGCAGUCGACAUAACUCUUUGGUACCUGUGCCUAAAAUAACACCGACAGCCAGUAUGGAAGCGAUUCACGAGGAAUCUGCGGAGGUGUCGUCUGCUAACAACAUGGGAGACGGAAAUAAAGACAGCGAUGACAUUCCCAUGUUGACUAUUGCUGUUGUCACAACAUCUGACUCUAAUGAUACCUGCUCGGAUUCACGGAACAAAAGUUCCAAUCAAAUAAACCAACUUCAGAUCGAAGCAAAUGUAAAUGUUCAAUAG